AUGGGACCACACUGUGGACUGACCUCCAGCCUUCUCUUGCGAGACAAACAGCGUUUUGUGAUGCAGACACAGGAUACCUUACCUGUAACUCCGUGGGGUAAUGUCACGGUGGGCCAAGACACAGUGAGGUAUCAGUACUGUGGAGAGUUUUUAAGGAGCACAGAGCUGGGGGCAUACUUGGGGGUCUAUGGGGGCAAUAAGGAUACUAUGGGUUUUGAGGUGCCGAGGAGCAAGCUGAAAAAGCUAAGUGAAGAUAGUUUAACUAAGCAGCCUGAAGAAGUCUUUGAUGUUCUGGAGAAACUCGGUGAAGGGUCUUAUGGUAGCGUGUUUAAAGCAAUACACAAAGAGUCUGGACAAGUUGUAGCAAUUAAACAGGUCCCUGUGGAGUCAGAUCUUCAAGAAAUAAUUAAAGAAAUCUCUAUAAUGCAACAAUGUGACAGUCCCUAUGUUGUCAAGUACUAUGGCAGCUAUUUUAAGAACACAGAUCUAUGGAUUGUUAUGGAAUAUUGUGGAGCUGGCUCUGUUUCAGACAUUAUUAGACUUCGUAAUAAAACGCUAACAGAAGAUGAAAUUGCAACUAUUCUGAAAUCUACUCUUAAAGGACUUGAAUACUUGCACUUUAUGAGAAAAAUACAUAGAGAUAUAAAGGCUGGUAACAUCCUUCUUAACACCGAAGGACAUGCAAAAUUAGCUGAUUUUGGUGUGGCUGGCCAGUUAACAGACACAAUGGCAAAACGUAAUACUGUUAUAGGAACUCCGUUUUGGAUGGCUCCUGAAGUAAUACAAGAGAUUGGUUAUAACUGCGUGGCAGACAUCUGGUCCCUUGGUAUCACUUCCAUAGAAAUGGCUGAAGGAAAGCCUCCAUAUGCUGAUAUUCAUCCAAUGAGGGCUAUUUUUAUGAUUCCUACAAAUCCCCCUCCCACCUUCCGGAAGCCAGAGCUCUGGUCUGAUGAAUUCACAGAUUUUGUGAAGAAAUGCUUAGUGAAAAAUCCUGAACAAAGAGCUACAGCAACACAGCUGCUACAGCAUACAUUUAUUAAGAAUGCUAAGCCAGUUUCAAUUUUAAGGGAUCUGAUUACUGAAGCUAUGGAGAUAAAGGCAAAGCGACAUGAGGAACAGCAAAGAGAACUAGAAGAGGAGGAAGAAAAUUCGGAUGAAGAUGAGCUGGACUCUCACACCAUGGUGAAGACCAGUUCAGAGAGUGCUGGUACCAUGAGGGCCACAAGCACAAUGAGUGAAGGCGCUCAGACGAUGAUUGAACACAACAGUACUAUGUUAGAAUCGGACUUGGGGACCAUGGUAAUAAAUAGCGAUGAUGAUGAAGAGGAAGAUGGGACCAUGAAAAGAAAUGCUACUUCACCACAAGUUCAAAGACCUUCUUUCAUGGACUACUUUGAUAAGCAAGAUUCCAAGAAUAAAAGCCCUGAAACCUGUAAUCAGAACAUGCAUGAACCUUACCACAUAUCCAAAAACGUUUUCCCUGAUAACUGGAAAGUCCCUCAAGAUGGAGACUUUGAUUUCUUAAAGAAUCUGAGUUUAGAAGAAUUACAGAUGCGAUUAAAGGCUUUGGACCCUAUGAUGGAACGAGAAAUUGAGGAGCUUCGUCAGAGGUACACUGCAAAGAGGCAACCUAUCCUAGAUGCAAUGGAUGCAAAGAAACGGAGGCAACAAAAUUUCUGAGUUUGUUUUACUUUCAGAGAUAAUACUAUGAGUCAUUGUGGACACUGGUAACUUUGUAAAUCUGAAGGAAUUAGAUUAUGAGAGUUUUCAAAAGACCAACCUUUUCAAUUUUCCUUCACAGCCAAUUACAAUUGGAGCAGUGAAAGAACAUACAUAUGGUGUUCUGCAAAGGCAGCGAAACACAUUGCCACUUGUUUAUAUUUUCAGAUGUUUAAUGUAAUAAAAGUUUAAUCUGUUUCUUCCCAAUCUUUUUCAGGUGUAUAGUGUUAACUUGGUGUUGUACAUUAGGAGUUGUGUUUUGGAGCACCUGGAAUGAUUUCUUGAUUGUGCAACACUACAGAGCCUUAUGUUGCAAUGUAUUUUCCUCCCACUUAGUAGCAUAUUUAUUGUGUAAUCUUUGGUUAUCCUAUUUAUUUUAUGCCUGUUUUCUUUUUUAUUAGGAAAUAUUAGGAUAAUAUUGUGGUGAGCUGAGCCAGAUUAGAUAAAAUUGGUAUUGUUAGUAUAAUGAAAAGAAGCUCACCACUGUAUUAUCUUUUAAAACUCCAAUUUCAGCAAGCAUCCCAAUUCAGGACAGCACUUGAACAUGUAUCUCACCCAUUCAUAUCAGUAGAUUUAAACAUAAAAUAAGUAAUAGACACAUGUUUUUCUGCUCUCCUGAAUCAGGGACUGUGGCUGUAGUUGAGUAAUGCAGUUGUUACGCUACAGAGCAUUCUUUUAGAGAGUUUUUCUGUCAUUUUUACGCACACCAAAUGAUCUCUCAUUAAACAAGAAAACAAGUGCCUAAUCAGUUUUGAUUUUCCUGUAAUUCAGGAGAAGCAGUACUUGCAGUCACUCCUUCAGUGUAAAUUUCCAAUUGCUAUUGCAAUUCUGACCAGUAUAAACCUAUAUUUUGCACCGUAAUUUUGUAAUGAAGUAACAGUUACACUUUCUGGAUAUGUUUUUUGUUCAUUUAAUAUUUUUAUCACUGUGUUGAGGGGAAAGGGGAGUUAUUAGUGUUUGGGGUUUGGUUUAGUUUCACAUUUUAGAUACAAAGGGAUAGUAAUUUAAAAGCCAAAGAAAAAAAAAAAAAAAGAAUACUUAUAUAUAAUAAGUAUUGAAAAGAAGCCGUGUUUGCAGUCCUCUGACAGUUUUGUCCUGCAACCGCUAAACAUUCAAAAUUCCUGUAGUCCUCUUAGACUAUGGGGAAUCACAAAUGCAGGACUAAGCUCUUAAUACCUUUUUACAAGUUUUUCUGUCUGGUUUAUAUUGUGAGAUAUCUAGUAGGUAGAAUUUACAACAUUGCAAGAAAUAUUUCAGAGUUAGCAGAAAAUGUGAUCCACUUUCUGAAAAAUCUACUGUGUUCUCUAUUGAUAUAUUUACUAUUGUUGCCUUUUGUGUAAAUAACUUCACUGUGAUAGUCAUACUUCUUUAAUCAAUACAGCUGGAAACAUCUUUACAUUCAACCUUCAGCUGUUAAACUUUUAAUGGUGACUACUGUAUGGGCAUCCUCUGUUAAAUGUUUUCUGGAAGUUAGUAAUCAUCUCGUACCUCUUAACAUUUACUGUGGACCAUUUAGAUGGACCAGUGCAGAUUUUGGAAAUGAUGCAUUAUAUCAUAAAGCUUAUGCAAAAGAGAAGCUAAAGUUUUUACAAGAUCAGCAUAUGACUGCCAUGCUGGGACCAGUACUUGGGUUUGAGCUGUAUACAGCCACUGUUGUCAUUGUCAUUCUGUGUGUGUGUUUGUGUGCACACUACGCUCUAACAUGUAAGCCCUAAACUCAGAUAAAUUUUAGUUGUGAUUGUUAGAACAUCCUUACCCUCAAUUCUCUUCAUAUUUCUUAAAGUAAUUGACUAUCCCUUAUGAAAAAGAAGAACACAGAAGAUCCAUAAAAAUUACUUUAGGCAAGAUAAAAUGUACCUGGUCGUCACAUUUGUAAAAUGAAAUGAUGUAAAGUAAAAAAUGGUAUACUCAUAUCCCUGUGUCAUUAGAUUAUAAUCAUAAUGCAGCAAAAAUAACAGCACCAACCUCCCCCUAUUAGUAUGGUUCUUAUUUAUUUAAAAUUAAUUUCUAAUUCUUGAACUUCAUUCUCAAAAACUCGAAGGUGUGUGUGCGUACAAGUACUCCUGUAGGUAUACACACAUAUAUAGGCAUAUCUA